GAAGGUGCGCAAUCUUGAACUCCUGGAACAAAGUUACGUACGUCACAGUCUUUUCGCGGGAAAUUUCUCUUCAGGCGGAAGUAGGAUCAGUGAAGUCAUUUGUCAACAAUGUUCUAGUACCAUGGCCGAUUUUACUCAUUAAAACUGAGAGAGUAAAGCGAAUUGAACAUAUAACUUAGUACUCGUUGAUUGUUUUGGGGUUUAGCAGUAUUUGUGUCAUGUCUGACUGCCAAAGUGACCACAGCGACGAAAAUGAAGAUGUCAUUACCCCGGCGGAGCUCAUCGCCAAACUAGAGGAGGCAUGGUUAAAUGAGAAAUUCUCCCCAGAGCUGCUGGAGCACAAGAAUGAAAUUGUGGAGUGUGUCAUGGAGCAGAUUGUGCACAUGGAAGAAAAUCUGCAGAGAGCAAAAAAAGGUGACGCCAAGGCCAACAUCCAUCGCAUGGAGAUUGACCGCAUUCGCUUUGUUCUGAACAGCUACCUCCGCACUCGCUUGCAGAAGAUUGAAAAAUAUUUUCCACAUGUACUUGAAAAAGAGAAGAGUUGUGAAGAGGAAGGGCAGGCGUCAUUCUUGACAAAUGAAGAAUCCAUAUUUGCCAGAGAGUACCUAGUUAACACAGAAAACUAUCUGAAUAAAGUUGCAUUGAAACACAUGCCCCCCAAUCUACAGCAUAUGGACAUUUUAAAAGCAGUCCCUAAGCCCUGCUUGGAUACUUUUGUGUUUCUGAAUGUGAAGGAGAGACAGGACAAUAUUCUAGUUGAACCUGAAACCGAUGAGCAGAGAGAAUAUGUGGUGGACUUUGAAGAAGGAUCACAGCACCUCAUACGCUAUCGUACCAUCGCACCCCUGGUGGCCAGUGGAGCAGUGACACUCAUGUGACAGGUGUCCUUUCUCACCACAGUGCUCCUAGUAGCCUGUAGAGCCACCAAACUUGUAUUAAAGCUUUGAUUGGUGUCUGAAAUGUUCACUCAUCCAGUAUGCAGUAUUCUAUACAGGUAGUGAGUGAUGUUUAUGCAUGAUCUGUUUCCUAUAUAGUGCAUUAUUGAAAGGGUGAACAUUUUAGAUUCAGCCUGGGAUGUUGGAGUAAUUUGUGUCUAUUACAUGUACAGGAAAGUCUUGAGAAAGGCAGUCUGUUCAGAAAGUAGCCACUGUUUUCUGUAUGUUGAUUUUUAUUUUCAUAUUUUACAUGCAAGCAUGUGAAUUUUGAAACAAUAAUGUGUUGUAUACAUGAAUAAUUAAAUAAACUUGUCCACAACA